AGCCUGGUUCCAUAAGGCAGCCUUCAAUCUGCAGCUAUCCGACUAUAGCCGCUUCAUUCCAGCAGCCUCUCUCUCGGUCCUCGUCUGGUUUAUCGUCGGAAGCUUUAUCUGCACCAACGCUGUCACCAGGGAUGGAGGGAGCACCGGCCAGGAGCUCGGACGAAGGGCACCCGGAGCCCAGUGAGGAGCGGGCCUACCGCUGCGCCGACUGCGGCAAGGCCUUCCACCGGCCGUCCUCCCUGGAGAUCCACCGGCGCAGCCACACGGGCGAGCGGCCCUUCGCCUGUCCCGAGUGCGGCCGAGCCUUCAGCCAGUUGUCCAACCUGCGGACCCAUCGGCGGAUCCACAGCGGCGGGGCAAAGGUGGUCCUUCCUGAACUGCCUCCCCUCCCGGGCCCUGACACCAGCCCAGAGGGGGCUGAGGUGGAGGUGGAACUGGAAGGGGAUGGGGAGCCCCUCCGGCCCUUCCGUUGCCUGGCCUGCAGCAAGGCCUUCGCCAGCCGCUCCCACCUGCGGGCUCACGAGAGGGCCCACACGGGCGAGCGGCCCUUCGGGUGCCCGGCCUGCGGCAAGGCCUUUGCCUGCUCGUCCCGCCUGCUGAAGCACCAGCGCAGCCAUACCGGCGAGCGGCCCUUCGCCUGCCCAUCCUGCCCCAAGCGCUUCUCCUGCCCCUCGUACCUGCAGGUGCACCGACGCGUCCACACCGGCGAGCGGCCCUUCGCCUGCCCUUCCUGCCCCAGGCGCUUCGCCUGCUCGUCCAACCUGCUCACCCACAGCCGCGUCCACCGCGCUGAGCUGCACGGGCCCUUCGUCUGCUCGCAGUGCAGCCGCGGCUUCAAGUACAUGCGCAAGCUGGAGGCGCACCGGGCCACGCACGGCGCCGGGCGCCCCUUCACCUGCCCGGAAUGCGCCAAGCAGUUCGACUACCCGUCGCAGCUGGAGACACACCGGAGGGUGCACACCGGCGAGCGGCCCUUCGCCUGCCCCUACUGCACCCGCCGUUUCAGCCGUUCCUACCACCUGCACAUCCACCAGCGGGUGCACACCGGCGAGCGGCCCUACAAGUGCUCGCAUUGUGCCAAGGCCUUCACCUGCUCUUCCUCCUUGCUCAAGCACCAGGCCACACACUCCUGCACCUGAAAAUGGCCCCGAAACGGUUGCCAUCCUCGUCUGGUGGAGUCCAUUGUCUGGUAUCCCUCUGAUACAAGUGACUGAAGUGAAGAGGCUUCACCAUGAUCUCUAUCUCUCCCCGUCCCCUUUUCUCCCCCUCCCUUUUUCUCCCCCUCCCAUUCUCUCUCCCUCCCAUACUCUUGCACCCUGCUCCCUCCCUUUUUGCUCCCACUCCCUCCCCGUUCUCCUCCUCCCCCUCCAUUUCUGCCUCUCCCUCCCCCUUCCCCUCCCCUCCCCUUCUGCCUCUCCCUCCCCUCCUUUCUUUCUCUUUUACCCUCUUUCUAUUUCUUUCUCUUUCUCCACAAAGUAAAUUUAUAAUCCAAUUACAUAUACAGUACGCACCAUGCACUACCCUGAGAUCACUUUCUUGCAGACAUUUACAAGAACAAAAAUCAAUACUAUGACAUUUAUAGAAAAAAAAUCUACAAACAGACCAAGACUGACAUGACCAAUAUGGAAAAGACAAACUGUACAAAUAAAAAAUAAUUCUGAGAACAAGAGUUGUAAGGAGUCCUUGAAAGUGAGUUGGUGAGUCAGUAAGGAGAUGCAGUUCAGAGUUGAGGUGAGUGAAAUUAACAGUGCCAGUUCAGGAGCCUGAUGGGGAUGGUUCCUGGGACUUGUGGUGUGGGACCUAAGGCCCCUGUACCUUUAUUCUGAUGGAGAAGAGUACUGUGGGGGUCCUUAAUUAUGGAUGAUGCUUCCUUGUGCCAGCACUCCUUGUAAAUGCGCUCAGUGUUGGGGAGGGCUUUUCCUGUGAUGGAUUGGGCUGCACCCAUUAACUUUUGUGGCUUUUUUCCAUUGCUGAACAUUGGUGUUCUCAUUCGGGGCUGUAAAGCUGUCUCUCUUUUUCUGUGUCAUCGGGGGAGUCGGGAUAUCUGUGGAUGUGUGCCUAGAGACCCGAGACCUUUGAGAUCUUCUGGCACAGAGCUCGAAAAAAGCGACGUAACGGACUUUUAACAUCGUAAACCAGCGAGUUGUUUGUUAUGUCUCCCUGCUCGCUGGAAAAACAGAGACACCUUCUCCCUUAUUAGGGAGAGAGAGCCUGUGGUAUGUCGUGUACCGGGUGAAACGCGAAGUCUUUGGGGUAACUGCAAGUCUGUGUCUUUGCUCACGCUUGUGUACUCGC